GUGGCUUCCCAGGCGCCCGCCCCGACCUGGAGCGGCUCCCGCCGCCUCCCCCGCACCCUGCCCGGGCGCUGAGCUGUGGGCUUGCGCCUCCGCCCGCUGUCCCAGUCCCUGCACCCUCACUCCUCGCUGGGAAGAUGAAGGUUUGGCUGCUUCUUGGUCUUCUGCUGGUGCACGAAGCGCUAGAGGAAGUUACUGGCCAACAUCCUCCCAAGAACAAGCAUCCGAAGGAGCCAGGAGAAAACAGAAUCAAGCCUACUAACAAGAAGGUGAAACCUAAAAUUCCUAAAAUAAAGGACAGGGACUCAGCUGAUUCAACACCAAAGACACAGUCCAUAAUGGUGCUCAUGACGGAUAAAGGUCGGUUCCAGAAACCUGCUGCUACCCUGAGUCUCACAGCAGGGCAAACACUGGACCUUCGAUGCAAAGGCAAUCAGGUUAAAUGGAGCUACCCUACCUAUCUGGAUACCUUUAAAGACUUCCGCCUCAGCGUGAAGCAGCAUGCACGCUACAGCCAGCUCACCCUGGUCAACUCCACAGCAGCUGACACUGGUGAAUUCAGCUGCUGGGCACAGCUCUGUGAUGGCUACGUCUGCAGGAGGGAUGAGGCCCACAAGGGCUCCACCUACAUCUUUUUUACAGAGAAAGGAGAACUCUUUGUACCUUCUCCCAGUUACUUUGACAUUGUCUACUUGAACCCAGACAGGCAGGCUGUGGUUCCUUGUCGAGUCACUGUCCUGUCAGCCAAAGUCACACUCCACAGGGAGUUCCCAGCCAAGGAAAUCCCAACCAAUGGAACAGACAUUGUUUAUGACAUGAAGAGAGGCUUUGUGUACCUGCAACCUCAUUCUGACCACCAGGGAGUGGUCUACUGCAAAGCAGAAGCUGAGGGCACAUCUCAGAUUUCCAUCAAGUACCAGCUGCUCUACGUGGAAGUUCCCAGUGGCCCUCCAUCCACGACCAUCUUGGCAUCCUCCAACAAAGUGGAAGGUGGGGAUGACAUCCGUGUCCUCUGCAUUGUCCUGGGGGAUCCAGAUGUAGAGGUGGAGUUCCGGUGGAUCUACCCAGGGCAGAAGGAUGAGAGGCCCGUGACAAUCCAGGACACCUGGAGGCUGAUCCACAGAGGGCUCGGGCACACCACGAGGAUCUCGCAGAGUGUCAUCACAGUGGAAGACGCUGAGACCAUCGAUGCAGGAUAUUACAUUUGCACGGCUCAGAAUCCCCAAGGACAGACUACAGUAGCUACCACUGUUGACUUUUCCUGACUUGGGAAAUGAAGUAUAAGGACUGGUGGAAAGCCCAUUUGUGUAAACAGCCAGCUCUGGGGGUCUUUUGACUAGUACUUUGCCAGAGGCUGAUCUAGUGGGCCAACCCCCAAUGCCUGCCUUUGAGUCAGACCCAGACAUCCAACUAAAGGAAGUCAUCAGUCUAAUAAUAGAAAGCAUGUAUUUUUAUUGCUUACCUACACAUGUGCUUCUAGUUUUAAACUAAAAGCAUCUGCCAACAACUUUAAUCAUUUCUAUUAAAUGUGCAAGUUUUUGUAAAAUGUUAAAAGGGGUUACGUUCUUUCUCAACUCGGCAGGAUAUACACCCAGGACAUCUUGCCAGCAAUGUCUGCAUCAAUCAUAUCCUACUUGAUAAAACCACAAUUCGAUGAGAAACUAAAAUAGCAGUAAAAGAACUCAACUACUUAUCUAUGAUCAGCAGCUCACGACUUGAAAAUAGGCCUAUCAUUUUUUUUUCUCAGUAGUAAUCUUUAAACUGCAAUUUUAAAGCUAGUGUGACUUAAACAUCUAGUGAUACAAGAAAAAAAAAACUUUUUAAAAAAAAGCUGAACUCAGUACUAAUUCUUUAACAGUCUGUUCAGAAAGAACCAAAGCAUGAGUCUUCAAGUUUAAUGUAAAAUGUAAAAUAGAUGUCAAGAUCAAAGAUUCAACUUUGCUUAGACUUGUAUACCUUUGUCAACAAUUAGACCACAGCAGUUCUAAUUUUCUUACAUAAUCUGCAAAAAGUGAAACCAGUCAAAAUUUCUCAAUUACUCAUAGUUUUGAACUUACAGAAAAUCUUACCUCUAAGUCCAGCUCUAUGAGCCAAAUUUCAGCCCAUGACCAAGUUUGUAGUUACAUUUGAAACUUGUGGAAAGUAACUUACCAGGAGAGGUGAUAUCAACUCCAGUGCUGUAAGAAGGGCUAUAAGCUGGACAAAGUUUUGAAGAGUGAAGAAUGCUAGGGUUCACAAUACUUCUAUUGAAUAUUCCAGCAUUGUUUAUUUGAUCAAAGUAAAUAAAAUACACACUUAGUCACUACAAACUGAGCACAACUACAGCUGCUUACACAUUCAUAUUCUGAUGUGCCAACAUUUUGCAUCCUAUAUGAAACAUUUGGUUUGAGGGGAAAAAAAAUCAAAGAUCUGUUUUGCUUAUCUUCUCUCAUUUAAAUUGUGUAUGAUUGAUUUUCCCAGACACCUAAGUGGCAUGGAGGCAGGAGGGAACAGCACAGAUUUACAUGCACAGGGGUGAAUGGCCAACCCAACUUAGGCUGAUGACACUGAGAGUGACUUGGAAGGAUGAGGAGGUGGCAGUGAACUUACAUUUCCAUUUAUCAGAAGCAAACAAAGAAGGUUGUAUAUGAGACAACUAUUGGCGGUUAAAGAAUUUGCCAAUCCACAUGCAUCGUGAAUAUCAACUCACACUGAGUGUAGGUGAACAUGAUGGCUCAAAUACCCCGCUUUAGCGUCUUACUACAGGGGUUACUUAUAAAGUCACCAAACGCCAGCAACUCAGGUUAGUAAAUACUGACAUGACAAUGUUGACACAUGCAGGGAGAGAGAGACAAAGCCACAGUUGUUUUCCUUCCACCUCCCCCAAAGUAUUAGCAUUGGAAGAGCAACUAAAUUUUGAAAAGAGAUUUUAAUGCAACUUGGAGGAGAGCUGUACAAGGUAGUACAUUUUCUAGUUGUUCCCCCCCCCCCACACACACACACCAUUCAGCUACCUUCCCAAGGGCAGAAUUCUUAAAAGAAUACACGGAAAGUUAGUGUUACCUGCCCAGACUUUUUUUGUUUUUUUUCCCUAUUAAACACUGCAUCAUUGGUCUGGUCAAGGUGCUCCUAUUUACCAACAAGCACUGAAUCUCAUCUUAGUUCUGCUAGCCAAUGUCUUUCUCAUUCUUCAUGCUCUCCAGGGUUUUUCCAAAUUUUGUACUAUCAGAUCCAGGCAUUAGUUGAUUUAGAAAGUGGUUUCAGCACCUUGAAGAUGAGUUGGUUCUGGAAAAGCCUUGUCCCAGAGAAAAAUAGGUAUAGGAGGUAGAAGGCUUGCUUUUGUGGUUCUGGAAAGGAAGAGGGGAAAAAAAGAUGGGGAUGAUGGGAGAGAAGACAGUUUAAAUUCAUGAAGACAACUUAGAUCAAGGUAAAAUAAGGCAAAAAAUAAAUCCACCGGUACUACCCUUUUUUAUACAGAUUUGUGGAAAAAUUUGGGUUCUAUACUUGCUUAUUGCCUGAGACGAUGGCUCUUAGUAUAAUACUCGGUUUACAUGGACAUGUAAAAAAAUCUACAGAAACAAAACAAAA